CACCCUGUCUGCACAUGCAGGCCAGUUACAUGUUUUUAUUAUUGUCAAGACUUAAUUAAUGUAUGCUUAAUUUGAUACUAUAGGCCAAUUUAAUAAAGUAAAUGCAACUAUCUUUCAGCUUGGUGUGCAAAUGCAAAGCUUUCAAGAACUAUUCAAGAAUGCCCCAUCAAAAAGAUUAACGAUUAAAACUAUCAAUACCUUGCUGAAAGCCAGUUUUAGUGAACAGGGUUCUAACUGCAGGAAAUUAGAAGCUGCAGUGUAURGAGAUUUUCAAAAGUAUCUCAGAGAAGUUGCAAGUGGUCGAAGAGCUGGAUUAAAUUUGGGAAGUAUUUUGGAGUUUACUACRSGGACUGAUGAAGAACCACCUCUUGRGUUUAACAUGGCACCCUCUCUAUGUUUCCAUGAGGUGCAGGAAUCAUUUCUCCCAACAGCCAAUACGUGCACAAACUGUCUGCRUCUACCCAGGGCAUCUGCCAAMAGGCAGUUGCCCAAUACUAAGACCCUAUUCAACAUGUAUGAUAUGGCUUUUGCCAAUACUUAUUUUGGUAACAAGUGAAAGAACAUGAAGCAUUGGCAAAAGCUACAUGUAUUGCUGUUCUACUCCAAUGUAACAUGUUAUAUUAUAGUAAAAGUUUAGAUUAUUGAU